AUGUCUUCGCAUGUGGCACAAGAAUUAAAAGAAGCUGGUAACAACUUUUAUCAGCAGCAUCGUUAUGAAGACGCUAUUAAUGCAUAUAGUCGAGCUAUAAUUAACAAUCCUGUGGUCCCAACUUAUUUCACUAAUCGAGCUCUGUGUUAUAUGCAGACCCUGCAAUGGGGAAAAGCUGAAGAUGAUUGUAAGAAAGCAUUAGAUUUGGAUCGCAAAAACGUCAAGGCUAAUAUUUUUGAUUUUUUUUUGGCAAAUUUCUUUCUUGGACGGACAUGUAUACAGCUUGGACAAUUCGAUGAAGCUCUGAAAGUUUUAACUAGAGCAAAUGAUUUAGCUCGUAGUCAGAAACUUAAUUUUGGAGACGAAAUAACAGCUCAAAUUAGAGUGGCAAAGAAAGAAAUAUUCAGGAGAGAAGAAGAAAAGCGGAUAAAACAAGAAAUUGAGUUACAGUUAUAUUUAAAUAACCUCAUUGAUGAAGAUCUCGAACGAAAAUUGAAAAAGCUGAAAAUAAAUCAGGAAGCAGAUGAUGAAGCCGAAAAUAUGAAUGUUGAUAUGGAUUCAAGAAAUGAAGAAAUGGAUUUGAGAAUUGUAGCUCAGUCAUUCAAGGAUAAGCUUAAUAGUUUGUUUGCACAGGUUGAUGAAAGACGACGAAAAAGAGAAGUUCCUGAUUACCUUUGUGGUAAAAUUAGUUUCGAAAUGUUACGUGACCCUGUGAUAACUCCUAGUGGCAUAACUUAUGAUCGUGCAGAUAUUAAGGAGCAUUUACAGCGAGUUGGCCAUUUCGAUCCAGUUACACGUGCCCCACUUACUGUCGACCAGCUUAUACCUAAUCUUGCUAUGAAAGAGGUAGUUGAUCACUUCUUAAGUGAAAACCAAUGGGCUAUUGAUGCUUGA